AUGAAUGUACCCGAUGAUGUACCUACGUUCAAAUGUGUAUUGGUUGGUGAUGGAGGUACUGGCAAGACAACAUUCGUUAAACGUCAUUUAACGGGUGAAUUCGAAAAAAAAUAUGUUGCCACAUUAGGAGUAGAAGUACAUCCGUUGGUAUUCCAUACAACUCGUGGUGUCAUUCGAUUCAAUGUUUGGGAUACUGCUGGUCAAGAGAAAUUUGGAGGUCUCAGGGAUGGAUAUUAUAUUCAAGGUCAAUGUGCUAUCAUCAUGUUUGAUGUUACCAGCCGUAUCACUUACAAAAAUGUACCCAAUUGGCAUCGAGAUUUGGUGAGAGUAUGUGAAGGCAUUCCGAUUGUUCUCUGUGGUAACAAAGUGGAUAUCAAGGAUAGGAAAGUAAAAGCUAAAACAAUAGUUUUCCAUCGCAAGAAGAAUUUACAGUAUUACGAUAUUAGUGCAAAGAGUAAUUACAAUUUCGAAAAACCAUUCCUGUGGAUGGCCAGAAAAUUAAUUGGUGAUCCCAACCUUGAAUUUGUUGCAAUGCCUGCUCUUGUACCCCCAGAAAUUAAGAUGGACCCUCAAUGGCAAGACCAAAUCGAACAAGACCUCAAGGAGGCUCAAGAAACUGCAUUGCCUGACGAGGACGAAGACUUGUAA